AUGACCUCCAGGCGCUCCAGCGAGAAGGGUCCAUCAUGGACAUCUCAGUCACGCUUGACUACAAGCGUACCGAGAGAUCUAUGCGAACUACUGUAUCAAGACACAGUUGAGAAGACAUUUGCAAAUGAAUGUGGUGGUGGUACCAAUCAGUUCUCACUGUUCUCGAAGGCCGACGUCUUCGAAGUAUUUCCGCAAUAUGGUGGUCUUGUUACGCAGGAUCUAGAUGAUGCCGGCAUACGAUCUUGGUUGAAGUCUGAGGAGCAACCCGCCCGAAUGAGACUCCUGUUCUUGGACGCGAUCCCUGAGAAGCCCGAUCUCCUUCCUGUGACCGAGCCUUUGCUUCAAGAUAUUUUCGACAACUUCAAAGUCAGCUCCCGCUUUGCAGACAACCUUAGCCGGCAGCAUAUGCCGGGGAGAGCAAUAUAUCGUCUCGGUCGCCAGCAGUUCCGCCACCAACUGUGGUAUACUGCCGUGCUCAGAAGUGAUGGGAGCGCUUUGAGUUCUCAGUUUCAAAGCGCCAACCAAACGCUAGAAUUUACAAGACAGUACUCAUACUGGCAAAGGUUUUGCAUGUGGUCAGAGUAUCAGCAUCAUAUAGACAGCGAUGAAAGAACAGCGGUUGGAACAGCGACCUACAUGAUCUGGCGAUGCCCUCGGGCGACCAAACAAGCUUUUUUCUCUACCUUUUCGGGAGAGUCUGGGCUCAAGCUCCUGGAACACCCAAUGGCUGUACAUGCCUUUUUCACAGAGAAGAUCGUAAUGCACACCCAUGACUUCUUAGCCUAUUUCUCCAAUCCGUUAUAUCAAUGGGAGAACCGUGCCUCUGAGCUUCGCACUCCCGAUGAUUAUACAGCAAGAUCAAGGGCAUUCUUGGCACUUGCCCGGCAGAUCCAUCAAAUCUCGACUGACUAUGAUAUCUUGGCUGGGAGUAUCGAGCACCUGAAAACCCAGACCGCCUGGUUCGGGGACACUCUAAAAGGCCAAAGCAGCAUUGAGAACGAUGCGAAGGGUAUUCAGUGCGACAUGGAAGACAUCUUUGAGAACCUUGUCAAGGAAGUGAAGCUGAUUGGCGUCUAUACUAAGCUGUACUUGGAGCGCAGCAAGAUUGGGGUUGACGAAUGCUUCGCAAUGAUCAAUCAACGGGACUCGGAGCUCAACAUACAAAUCGCACAGGCGUCCAAUCAAGACAACCGUUCGUUGCGAAUCAUUCAGAUUCUGUCCAUGAUCUUCUUGCCCGGGUCUUUAGUCAGCAGUGUCUUCGGGAUGGGUUUCUUCUCGACUUCACCCGCCGAUGACGGAGGAGAAGCAGUCUUCGCAGCCAGCAGCCGGUGGUGGGUCUACUUUGCCGUUUCCGUGCCAUUGACUGCAAUUGUCAUGGCAAUUAUGCUCUAUUAUCAGUGGAGGGACGGCACCAAGGCUGAAGAUGAAUGGAGCCGACGCAGAAGUGUGGUGGAUCCAGAAGCCUUGAAUAUUGAGACGAAAGGGUGA